CUUCGCUUCACUGUCAUGGCCCGGGACCGGGGUCAGCCCCCCAAGACAGACAAGGCCACGGUGGUGCUGAACAUCCGGGAUGAGAAUGACAACGUGCCCACCAUCGAUAUCCGGAAAAUCGGGCGCAUCCCGCUGCGGGAUGGGGUGGCUAGCGUGGCUGAGGAUGUGCUGGUUGAUACUCCCAUCGCCCUGGUGCAGGUGUCAGACCGGGACCAAGGUGAAAAUGGUGUGGUGACCUGCACCGUGGUGGGUGAUGUGCCCUUCCAGCUCAAGCCAGCAAGUGAGGGUGAAGGGGAGCCCCAGAACAAACGCAAAUAUUUCCUCCAUACCUCGGCCCCUCUGGAUUACGAAGCUGUCCGUGACUACAAUGUGGUUAUCGUGGCUGUGGACUCGGGCAGCCCCAGCUUGUCCAGCAACAACUCCUUGCUGGUGCGGGUUGGGGACACUAAUGACAACCCUCCUGUGUUCAGCCAGGCCGUGCUGGAGGUCUCUUUCCCAGAGAACAACUUGCCUGGUGAGAGAGUGGCCACAGGCGUUGCCGAGAUCACUUACUCCCUGGAGGCCUCACCGCUUUCCUCAGAGGCACCGGGUGGCAUCUUUAGCAUCGACCCUGACUCUGGGGACGUGUCAGUGCAGGCGGUGCUGGACCGUGAGCAACGCGACACCUAUGAGUUCCAGGUGACAGCCAGGGAUAAGGGAGUGCCAUCACUGCAGGGCUCCACCACAGUGGUGGUGAGGGUGGCGGAUCGCAAUGACAACGAGCCACGCUUCAUGCAGGAUGUGUUCACCUUCUAUGUGAAGGAGAACCUACAGCCCAACAGCCCCGUGGGCAUGGUGACCGUGAUGGACUUUGACAAGGGCCGCAACGCCGAGCUCAGCCUCUCCAUCCAGCCUGGUGACCAUGACCAGGCGGCUGGCAUCUUCUCCAUCGAGAAUGACACUGGAACCAUUUUCUCCACUGUCUCUUUCGACCGGGAGCAGCAGACCAGCUACACCUUUAAGGUGAAGGCAGUGGAUGGAGGUGAGCCACCACGCUCUGCCACUGCCACCGUGUCCCUCUUCGUGAUGGAUGAGAAUGACAAUGCACCCACGGUCACCUUCCCCAGCAACAGCUCCUAUACUGUGCUGCCACCCUCCAGCAACAUGCGCACUGUGGUGGCCACAGUGGUCGCCACUGACGCUGACACUGGUCUCAAUGCUGACCUCAACUACAGCAUUGUCGGGGGCAACCCUUUCAAACUCUUUGAGAUUGACCCAGCCAGUGGUGUGGUGUCACUGGUGGGCAAGUUGGCCCCCAAGCACUAUGGCCUGCACCGCCUGGUUGUGCAGGUGAACGACAGCGGGCAGCCACCCCAGUCUACCACUGCCCUGCUCCACGUCUUUGUCAAUGAAAGCCUGUCCAAUGCCACUGUGGUGGAGAGCCAGGUGGCCCGCAGCCUUCACACCCCCCUGGCCCAGGACAUCGCUGGUGACCCCAGCUAUGAGCUGAGCAAGCAACGGCUUAGCAUAGUCAUUGGCGUGGUGGCUGGCAUCAUGACUGUCAUCCUCCUCAUCCUGGUGGUGGUCAUGGCCCGCUACUGCCGCUCCAAGGGCAAGCACGGAUAUGAGGCCGGCAAGAAGGACCACGAGGAUUUCUUCACCCCACAGCAGCAUGACAAGGCCAAGAAGCCCAAGAAGGACAAGAAAGGCAAGAAGGGCAAGCAGCCCCUCUACAGCAGCAUCGUCACUGUCGAGGCUUCCAAGCCCAACGGGCAACGCUAUGACAGCGUCAACGAGAACCCCAGUCCUGGGAUGGGCCGAUACCGCUCGGUCAACGGUGGCCCGGGCAGCCCCGACCUGGCCAGGCACUACAAGUCCAGCUCGCCGCUGCCCACCGUCCAGCUGCACCCACAGUCCCCCACUGCUGGCAAAAAGCACCAGGCCGUGCAGGACCUGCCCCCGGCCAACACCUUCGUGGGCGCCGGCGACAACAUCUCCAUCGGCUCGGACCACUGCUCCGAGUACAGCUGUCAGGCCAGCAGCAAGUACAGCAAGCAG